AGUCGGUUAGCGGCCCGGCUACGUUAGCCUUUGUUUAGUUAAAGGUAUUUUUGAGUUUGUUAGCAAUAAAGCCUCUUUUUGGAUUUGAACACUGCCUCUGUCGUGAUUGCUGCACUACCACUUUUCUCUUUAUCUGCCCUGUCCUGUUACACUGGUGGAGAAUGCGGGCAUAAAGACUCUAUUGGUGGUGUUGCAGUCAGAACAAUUUUUUUUUUACGUUUUCAAGAUGGAGGAUGUACUAAAGGAGUUGGUGCGUAUUUCUACUGAGCAGCAGACUCUGCAACGGCAGAUGAUACAGGAGCAGCAGAAACAGAAUGCACUUCUCCACAUGGAGGUCCAAAAAUGCCUUACAGCAGCCUCUCCUGUCCAGAGGGAAGCAACCAUGCAGCCUAACCCAGGUCGAUUCAUCCCCAAAAUGACAGAGAGUGAUGAGAUAGAGGCCUACUUAACGGCCUUUGAGCGCACAGCUGAAAGAGAGGGCUGGCCAAGGGACUCCUGGGCUGAUCUGGUUGGACCGUUCCUCCUGGGCCCGGCACAGCAAGCUUACUUCGACCUCCCUCCGGACCAAGCAAAGGAUUACGUCGUCUUGAAGAAGGAAAUCCUGGCGAGGUAUGGCUACAGCUUAGCAGCAAGAGCCCAGCGGUUCCAUGAAUGGAAAUACAAGCCAGAGUUGUCAGCCAGGGCCCAGAUGUAUGACCUAGGCCGGGUAACCAGAGCCUGGCUGACAUGCAACCCCGAAAAGUUAAGUGUUUUAGAGAGGAUAAUGAUGGACAAAUAUAUUCGGUCUCUGCCCUAUGAGAUCAAGAAAAUGACAAGCCAGCAGAAUCCAGCCGGUCUGGAUGAGUUGGUUAACGUAGUGGAGAGCCACGUGGUCACAGCGGACCUGCUUAAGUCCACACGACCAGACACCGAGUGGGGCCGGAAAGUCAGUGGGGAAGCAUCACGGACUAGACGGGCACGAGAACCGCGAUGGGAACCAGAAGAGGUAAGGCGACGACAGUCCUACCUGCCAGAGGGCCAACCGCGUUGCUACCAGUGUGGGGAGACAGGCCAUAUUGCCCGGGACUGCCCAGGGAAGGAUGAGCUAAUGCCGACCGCCAACUCAUCUGGUGCAAGGCCCUGCCACCUUCUUGACUCUUGCUGGGUACAGGAAAGCUCCCUGGCUCAAAUGAUACCAGUCAAAGUAAAUGGAAAAGAUGCAGAGGCGCUAGUGGACUCAGGAAGUGUGGUAACCCUCAUUCAACCCCACCUCCUCGACCAUUUGCCAUCUGAAGAGACUGUGCCCGUCUCCUGUGUCCAUGGGGACACUAAAUUAUACCCCACUUGCCUCAUCCACCUUACCACAGUUAAAGGCAGCUGUGAGAUGAAAGUGGGGGUGGUUCCUUCCCUACCAGUCCCAGUCUUGGUGGGGCGAGACUGCCCACUAUACAAGCGCCUGCGGCACCAGAAGGAGGUGAGUCCCAAAAAGCACAAGCGUGCCAAAGGAAAACGAGAGAGGACAAACUGCCACCCAGGGUACUUCUCCUCAGCAGUUCCCCAACGUUGUGUGUGCUGUGCCGGAGGAGCAGAGAGGCAACCAAUCUUCCAGUGCAGACGAGGCAAAUGAUAACCCUUUUGUUGCUUUCCCUGGAGACCUAAGCACAGGUCAUGAGGAGGGGGAAGUCUCAUUGCUUCCAAGUUUGAAGGGCCAGUUCGGGACCGCCCAGAUGGAAGACCCCAAUCUGUUGCAUGCACGCAGCAAUGUUACGGAAAUAGAGGGAAAACCAGUUCCAGGAGUGGGUGAGCUUACAUGUCCUCAUUUCCUAAUAAAAAAUAAUCUGUUAUACUAUGCCAAAGAGGUUGAAGGUCAGCGAAGAGACUUGUUGGUUGUCCCAAAACAAUAUGUGUCCACAGUGUUGCAUCUGGCUCACAGCCAUGUCCUAGGGGCCCACCUAGGGGUUGAGAAGACAAGGCAGCGGAUUGGGAGCCGGUUCCACUGGCCAGGGGUGGUACCCGGAGGCCAUUCCCUUGAGGAACAUGACAACGAGAGUGAUUGCACGGGAGCUGCUUCACCUGUUCAGUCGAGUUGGGAUUCCUAAAGAGAUGCUAACAGACCAAGGCACUCCCUUCAU